AUGCUGAACAGCCAUUGCAUUCCCACCACAGAGGGUCAGGCCAAGAAAGCUGGCGCACCUCGCCUAGUGGUCGACUCGGUGAAGGAUCGGAGCCUCAUCAAAAUGGCUGGCAAUGCAAUGAGCUUACCCUGUGAUCAGGCGGACAUGCAGGCCCUGGCUGCUAGCUGCUUGCUCCUGGAAGUGGACAAGCCGAGCGAGGGCUGGCCCCUUCUGACUGACUGGCUGCGAACAGCUGGGGAUGUGUGGUGUCUGGGCUAUGAAGCCCACCGUGCCCCAAUCGAGGUCAGACCCUUGGAGAACGUACUAGGCCUUGAAAUGAAACCUGCCUCACUGGUUCCAACGAAAGGAGUAGGAAGGGCUACCGUGAUCCUGUUCGGGAUUUGCUACACCUACUGCAAAAUGCGAGACAUGGAGGACCCAGAGCUGAAAGACUUCAAGAGGCAGGUGCUUUUCAUGCGAAGAGUGCUGUUUUUGCAUGAUCGGGCUGUUCGCAGAGGUGGUCGUGCUGCAAGCGUCAGGCUGGACUACAACAAUGAGCUGCAAGAGCUUCUGACACUGAAGGAUUCCAACUUCCAACCCCACUGCUUGCAAAUGUGGACCGAGAACGUUUGCAAAAAGGCCCCUCCACCCGAAGUCAGCUUUCAAGCCGUGGAUGAUGAAAUCAGCAAGUUGGACAAAGAUGCCAGGGAAUCAGCAUUUCGCCAGGAUGUCUUGAAGCUGACCAGGGACUGUGCCCAGCUGGGGAUGCUUUACAAAUCCAUGGUCAACCAUGAGAAGGCUGUGAGGAUCCAGAAGGUAACCCAUUUGAAACAGCAGAACACCAUUGGGGCCAACUUCAUUCGGAGGUUUAUGUCGCUGAACAUGAAGCAUGUCGCUGGACGACUUGGUGAGUUGGAAGCAGCGACCGAUGAGUUCGUGAACUCCGUGAGCAAGUUGGACAAAUUUGCUGGGCUUUUGGUGUGGCUCGACUUCACAAAGUUUGGUCGACUGUCCAACACCGACUUGAAUGAAACCUUGGAGCUACUGCAGCUUGCACUCUCCCGGAUCCCAGACCGAGCAGCAGCCUUUGUGAUCUGCCCGCACUUGAUCAGCGAGAAGGUGGCAGUGCAGGGGAACCUUCGAGGAGAGCUGAGGCGUAUCGAAGACAAACUGGAUGCUCUCAACAUUCACUCGGAGAUGGUGAUGAUUCGAAUGUCAGACCCACCGGGUCAAAAGCAUGUGCCGCUACAAUUCCCAGCAUGGGUCUGCAUGGAUGAGGGAAGCAAAGCCAACAACACCUUCAAAGCUUCGCAGCUUGUGUUGGACAGGUCCCUUUCACAAAGCCAAGAGAGUGCACAGCUGCUUGCUGGACCUGCGCUACCAGAACAAGUCUUGACCGCCUUGACUGCCAAGACCGGUCUUCAGGGAAUCAUUGGCUUAGUGAACCUGUCCCCAUAUGAUGGUUGGCUGGAAUCAGCAGCUUUGCGAUGGGGGAAACGAACCACAGGUGAGAUUGUCAUGCCUUCCGUGUCCCUGUCGAAGAAUUUGACUCUGAUCUCCUAUUGUGAAAGAAGCCUCGCCCUCCAGCUGAUGCAGGACUGGAAGAAAUCAAGCCACUGUAUGGGAAGUAGCGCUCCGCAAUAUCAGCCUGAAGCACCGAGACUGGAGCAGGAAGACAUCAGCAAGUUCCCGCUUCAGGUGGUGAGGUUGGAGAAGAACCCUGGGGAGAACCAUGGAUGGAAACAAUGGAAGGUGACACUGCCACAGCCAUUCCGCAUGCACUGGCUGGAGGACGUUGUGUACUCCCAGGAAUGGCGGGAAUUGUUGAAAGACUUCGACCAAAGGUUUGGUCUUGACAUCUCAGCGGCUGAGAGCGUGGCUAGCUCCGAGAUGUCAGUGCAGUCCUUGGCUCCAGCCGCGCAUAUGUCAGUGGAGAUUCCGGUGGCCGAGUUUCAAAUCGGGCAUGGAUCUGGCAAGUUCUUGCGGCCUGAGAAGGUGGCGUCUGUGCUCCGUGAGAACAAGCCAGGCUGGACAUCAUAA